AUGUUUCCCUCUGUUCAGCUGAAGAGAAGCACUCUCUUGAGGCUCUCCAAGAUUCUCUCCCUGUCCUCCGUCACGUCCAGGGGGAAGGCGCAGGAGUUGAUUAAAAACGGCAAAGUGAAGGUGAACAACCAAGUGGUGCGUCAAAACGUCGUCGUAGACAUAAACUCGGCUAUCGAGCUGGAGGGGAAGCCAAUCCUCGUGGAUGUCACGACGAAACUGUGGGGUAUCUACAAGCCCAAACAUGUGUUUUGCAGCUCGGAGAGGAAUUACGAGUAUGAGGAGAGGAGGGAUGUGGAGAAGAGGGAUGUGCAGAUGAGGGUUGUGGAGAAGAGGGAUGUGCAGAUGAGGGAUGUGCAGAUGAGGGAUGUGCAGAUGAGGGAUGUUGAGAAGAGGGAUGGGGAGAUGAAGGAUUGGGAGAUGAGGGCUGGGGAGAUGAAGGAUCAUUCCCACAGGUUGGUGACAGCUCGAGGGUCACCACAGAAGGGUAGUUACUCCACUACGCAGUUGGCUUCUGGAGACCUGCGCAAGGAGUUCCCUUUGGAAGGAAGGAAGCAAAUAGGUAGGGGAGGAAGAAGAAGCGAUUUGUACCAAGGACACGCAGGGGAGGUGGCUGAAAGAUUCAGGCAGUUAAGUUGGAAGGGAGAUAUUGUGAGGCACCGCUCCGAAGUGGGGAAGAAGCAGGACGAAGUGGGGAAACAGGACGAAGUGGAGAGACCCGCACGGAGUGAACCCCAAAGGCUAAACACAAACCUUUUCGAUUUUAUCAGAAAAAAGAACAAGGCUUAUGAAACGAAAAAUAAGGUCUCGAACGACAUCCCUGAGCAUCUCAUCGUAGUGAACAGUCUAAGUGCCUCAAGCGAAGGACUCGUGCUACUAACGAAUGAUGGAGACUUCGCAAGGAAUUUAAAAGACACAGAAAAUAAUAUCGUCACGACGUAUAUCGUAAAAGUGAAAGAGGAACUCACAAAUGAAAAAAUAAAGCUAAUUGAAAAAGGAUGCCAUGUUGGUGAUCUACACAUACGACCACUAAGUGUGCAUGUCAUUAAACCACAUAGUACCUCCCCCAAAUGGAUCAAAAUUACCUUGGUAGAAAAAUCACACACCCAUUUAGACCUUCUUUUUUCGAAAUACAGCUUAACCAUUAGGAAGUGCAAACGUUUUUCCUUUGGCCCAUAUAAAGCAUCAGAUCUCUUAGAGCACUUCCUCACGCCAUUAAAAAUUCACAGCACACUCUCUGCCAUGGUUCCAAAGUACUCUACCAAAUUAAUUCUCGCUCAACCCACGGGGAAUGUCCUAACAGAUGAACAUGACAAGUUAGUCCUCGUCAAGGAUUAUCUCAAAAACUCAGCCAUUCGGGGGUAG